UCCCACAAUGCACUUAUGUUUUUUUUUUCACCUCAGAUAAACUGAAGUGAACAGAAAUCCACUUCCCAGAGUAAAUAACUGAAUAGUUAUUGCUCUAAUUCACCACAUUUCUCCGGAGAGUGUUGCUCCUCGCUUCGGGCCGUCGGGCGGGGGUUGUUCCGCGGCUCUGGCCGGUUGUUGCUGGCCCAUCUUCCCAGCCUGUGGCUGUGGGAUCCGGAUCUAGGAUGGAUCCAGAAUAUGAACAUCGUCUCCUCCGGCAAAUUAACAUUCAAAAUGACAACUUGAGCCCUGUUAAAUCGACACACGUUCUCCACUGUCGGACACCAACUGGUUCCCCAUUAUCCUCACCCAGUAAGCUUGGAGACAGAUUUAUUCCCACCAGAGCAGGGGCCAACUGGAAUAUCAACUUCCACAGGAUCAAUGAAAAUGAGAAGUCACCAAGUCAGAACAGGAAAUCUAAGGACGCCACUUCUGAUAACAUAAAAGCAGAUGGGCUGGCCUACUCUGCUUUGCUGAAGAAUGAGCUGCUGGGAGCGGGAAUAGAAAAGAUCCUGGACCCGCAGACAGAAGACAGGCGUCUACAGCCAUCCACCCCUGAAAAGAAGAGUCUCUUCAUGUAUUCACUCAAUACCAAAAGGUCAUCUCCAGACAACAGCACCAACAUUUCCCCCUACUCCCUAUCACCUGUCAGCAACAAAAGUCAAAAAUUGCUACGUUCACCGAGGAAGCCAACUCGCAAAAUCUCAAAGAUCCCAUUCAAAGUGCUUGAUGCCCCAGAGUUGCAGGAUGACUUUUACCUCAACUUAGUGGACUGGUCGUCCCUCAACGUCCUCAGUGUCGGGCUGGGCACGUGUGUUUACCUGUGGAGUGCCUGUACCAGCCAGGUAACAAGACUGUGUGAUCUUUCAGUGGAGGGAGAUUCAGUCACAUCAGUGGGGUGGUCUGAAAGGGGAAACAUGGUGGCAGUGGGGACUCACAAAGGAUAUGUUCAGAUCUGGGACGCUGGUGCUGGGAAGAAACUCUUCACUUUGGAAGGACACACAGCCAGAGUUGGAGCGUUAGCGUGGAAUGCAGACCAGUUGUCUUCGGGAAGCCGUGAUCGUAUGAUUCUUCAGAGAGACAUACGGUCGCCACCACUGCAGUCAGAAAGACGGCUGCAGGGACACAGACAGGAAGUGUGCGGGUUAAAGUGGAGCACUGACCAUCAGCUGCUCGCUUCUGGUGGCAACGACAACAAGCUGCUGGUGUGGAACCACUCGUCACUGAGUCCAGUGCAGACCUACGUGGAUCACCUGGCUGCAGUCAAAGCCAUUGCCUGGUCCCCCCACCAGCACGGCCUGCUGGCCUCUGGAGGCGGCACUGCUGACCGCUGCAUCCGAUUUUGGAACACACUGACGUCGCAGCCGCUGCAGUGUAUGGACACCGGCUCACAGGUCUGCAACCUGGCCUGGUCCAAACAUGCUAAUGAGCUGGUGAGCACCCAUGGCUACUCUCAGAACCAGAUCUUGGUGUGGAAAUAUCCAGCCCUCACUCAGGUGGCCAAGCUCACUGGACACUCGUACAGAGUCCUCUACCUGGCGAUGUCCCCUGAUGGCGAGGCAAUAGUGACAGGAGCUGGAGAUGAGACCCUGCGCUUCUGGAACGUAUUCAGCAAAACAAGGUCAACAAAGGAAUCUGUAUCAGUUUUAAAUCUCUUCACCAGGAUACGGUAACUUCAAGCAAAUAUCCUGAUAUUUUAGUGGAUUCCAGCGUCAUCAAUGGACAUCUCAUAAACAUGGUGCUAAGGACAUACAUUAUAAUGUAAGGCAUCCUGUGCCAUUUUUUCACAGAGGAAAUGGCAGCAAAAAUAACUGAGGUAUAUAUUUUUAACGCUAACAAUUGUUUGGGAAAUUCUUUUUGACGUGUUCUCUCACUAUGAUUAUGUUUCUUUCUUUUUUUUAUUACUUUUUAAAAAAAUGUGGGUUGAUUUCCACUUUUGUAUUCACAAAAACCCAUGGGCCUUAAAAUAUUGUGAUAAUGUUUUCAUCAUUGUGGUAUCUGAAAUGUGGGGUAAUCAGUUUUAGUUUUUGUUUAACUCAGGUUUAAUUUAUUUAACGCACUUGUUAUAUGGUAAAACAUUCAGAGUAUGACCCAUUUGUCAUGAUGAAAUGAGAUUCAUUGGAGAAAAUAUAUGUCAAACAUAACACCCACUAAGGCUUCUACAGUAUGUGCACCAUGUUUACUGUGAUCCCUAGAGAUCAAAGGUUGAAGAGUGGUUGGUUGAAAUAAUUUAGUUUGCCCCUGUUAACUGAAAGUCUAAUGCUGUGCAUCUAGACUCAUACUACAUGAUUGAUUCUUUGUAGUAAAGGAUGAAAUAAAAGAUGGUGGAACUGAA